AUGUGUUGCAACUACUACAGAAACUCAUGUGGUAGCUGUGGCUAUGGCUCUGGCUACGGCUGUGGCUAUGGCUCUGGCUACGGCUGUGGCUAUGGCUCUGGCUACGGCUGUGGCUAUGGCUCUGGCUACGGCUGUGGCUAUGGCUCUGGCUACGGCUGUGGCUAUGGCUCUGGCUAUGUCUGUGGUUAUGGCUCUGGCUACGGCUGUGGUUAUGGCUCUGGCUAUGGCUGUGGAUAUGGCUCCAACUAUGGUUGUGGAUACGGCUCUGGCUACGGCUCUAGCUCUAGUUGCUGUGGCUACGGCUGCGAAUAUGGUUCCAGAUAUGGAUAUGGGUCUGGUUCUGACUGUGGCUGCUGUAUCUACCAACCAUUUUGCUACUGA